AUGAUUUAAUCGAAAAUGAUAGAAAAAGAAGAGGAACUUCAAUGCUCUUUAAAACAUAAACUUCCUGUUCUUAUGAUUGCUUGUGAUAGAAAAUUAAAGAGAAACUAGAGACUUUUAUGCUCUGAAUGCAUGGAAAAUCUUGAAUCAAAAGCCCAAUUAAUGAGUUUUAAAAAAGUCCUAUAGAAUAUUGAGGAAAAUCAAAAAUAAAAGAAAGAAAACGUUGAGAAUGUGAUAAUGGGUAGUAUCAAACUGAUUGAAGAACUCUAAAAAGAUCUUUUUUUAUUAAAAUCUAAUGUUGUUUAAUCAUUAGAUUAAAUAAUUGGAAAUGUAGAUGAAUGGAUCAGACAUAUAAUAUUAAUUGGGUAAUAAAAUGUUACUUAUAGUUUUUAUAAUGAAUUGGAUAAUCUUAUUAAUUAAGAAAGAUUAGCAGAAUUCGGUUAAAAAUAACUAAUUGAUCAAAUUAAUUAAAUUUAAUAAUCUUGGAAUCAAAAAAUUGAAAAGAAACUAAAUCUAUUUAAAUAAUUUUCAGAAGGUUAAAAAUGCAAAAACAUAUUACAACAAUUAAUAGAUGUCAAUGAAACAGAAGAGAAUUAAGGAAAGAUAAAAGUGACUUAAGAAAACUAUGAAAUUAGUAUUUAGAAUUUUUAGGAAAUGAUUUAAGUUGAGAAUAAAUAGAAGUAAUUAUAAUAAUAAUUGAUGAUGUAUGAAUAAGUUCAAUUUAAUUUAAUUGAUGAUUCAAAUUAAUAGAUUGGAUAUUGUUUUGCAAUAGUGUUCAAUAAAGAUGGAUCAAUUAUGAUUUCAUGUGAAAAUAAAAAAAUAAAAAUAUGGAAUUUUCAAUAAGGAACAUUUAAAUUAUCUAAUUCUUAUAAUAAACAUAGCCGAGCUGUUACUUGUUUAGUGUAUAGCAAGAAAACAAAUAACUUUAUUUCUGGUUGUAACAAUCACUAAAUUAUAUGUUGGUAAUAAAUUAAUCAAAAUGAGUGGAAGUCCUCAUAACCAUUUAUAUAACAUACUGGUAGGGUUAAUUGUUUAUUAUUAAAUAAAUAAGAGGAUCAACUCAUUUCAGGAGGAUGUGAUCAUAAAAUAAUAGUAUGA